UAGAUUCAGUGUGACAUGCACUUGUCGUUGUCUUCUGUGUCCAUCACAAAUAAACGUCCAUGAGUCAGAAAAAGACAGAUGCUCCUUGUAACUCGUCCAAGAAUCAUCAAGUAGUCCAGUGAUAGUUCUUUAUACAUCCAUGGGUACAUUGCAAACUAUAAUCCCUAAUAGUAAACUCAGCAUUCUUUUAAUGGUGCCAGUUUAACCAAAUGUAAACAAAUAAAGGACAUAAAAACAAGGAAGACAGAACUUACUGACCCCAUGCGGUGUCAGACUUUGCAAAGCCCUGCUCUAGAAGACACCAGGAACUGAACACACACUUGUUCGUUUGUAUUUCAGCAGUGAAUUUCAUAUGCGCACAACCCGGUUCAUCGACAUCUUCACAUGCAUCAGCACACUCACAAGCAUGCUUACUCUCCCAUCCUGCACCCCUCCUCGACCAUCCUACCGGCUCCAACUCAGGACUGUAAGUUCAACAUGCACCUUCCCAGAGGAACAACGAGGCCCUCCUUUGCUCCCGUCACUGCCUUUCACAGAGCGACACAGAACUCCUUCACGUCGACAAAACGAGGAAAAUGGGGCGCACUGCACGUCUGCAUCGCAUGGAAGAUUUAUUACCAUGAACAACUCAAGAAAAUGCAGCAAAAGCCCAACAGUCUCCAUCGAGAUCUAACGCCUGAGUAUCCCGCCACCAGUCCACCUGACUCAGCGCAGCACAAGGAAGCAGACCAGUCCUCCUGCAUUCACACAAAUCUGAACGCUCCAGGAAACAGAAGUUAUCUCUCUGACAGUCACACAUCUUCACCAGCAUCUUGCCACGGCCGUACGACCAAGACGGAGAAGCUCGACUGGGAGAAACUGGAACAGACUGCAACGAACCUGCACUGGAAAGAGAAGCCUGCUGAGGAGGAGGAGACACACAGGAGCCACCGUACAGACACAGCAAAGGAUUUACGUCUUAUAUACAAAUCUUGGGACCAAGCAGUGACUCCUGAACCUGACCGCAGACACAGCAGCUCACUUCACAGGAAAAGGCAGCAUGACUGUGACAGCUUCAUCAAAGCAAAGAGGGCGAAGCAGGAAAUUGUAGAUAACCAGAGUGAUUCUUCAGCGCAACACAUAAACUCAAGUGAUUUGUCGGUCUUGUAUCCUGACAGCAGUUGUUGUAAUGUUACCAGAACUCCUGUGGGACUCGUCUCUUAUCCAGGAGCUCAGAUGCAUCCAUACCAAACUGCUUCAUGGAAGCCGGUGUGGGACGCUCACAAGAGGGUGGAGCUGCACUCUGCCCUGAAAGACUCUUCGGUGAAUUCCUGCAAGGAGAUGAAGAUACCUCUUGUAGCACAGACGCAAAAAGAGGCUUUUCAUGGUUUCUUUGCACCGCCUCUGUAUUUCCCUCUUCCCUCUUUGAGGCAGCAGGAGACGGUUUACCUCAGAGGGAGGGAGUUUCUAUACCCACAUCAUGAAAAUCUCCACAGACAUCAGCUCCCUCGUCCUGGCUUUCUGGCAACAUCCUACCUUGGACCCUGAAUCUCAUUUUAGUGUGUCUGUAGAGUUUACGGGUCAUUCUGGUCUGUGCAUGAAUUCACAAGGUUUCAAGUAUUAUUAACAAAACAUACUCUUCGCACUAGAACAGCUUGAUUUAAGAUUCUCUGUUGGGUUUGGCGUUUUGACAGCAGGUGGAUUUUGGCAACUGUGCAGUCGUAAAAUACGCUGUAAUGAUUAACCCUGUUAAACUGGUUGUUUGAUUAAAUAUAUUAAUAUGCAUGUGCUUGCUCAUCGUGUGCAUUGCAGCUAAUGUUUAACACGUUAUCAUGCUACUAAACAUAAAAUACUGGUGGGUAGACAGGUAAUCAACAAACGAUGGUGGUGCUAAUCGAAUAAAGCAUAUUAUGUUACUGAAUUAUAAUUAUUUAAUCAUCAACACGUACUUUAAUGUCGCAGCAGGUAAAUGUGAGGCUUAUUUUGUACUACACAUAAUGCCACGAUCAAUAAAGUCUCAUCUUAACCUGCAAUAAUAAUUAUGUGAAUUUGCAAAGUAGUAACUAAAGGUAACAUGCUUCCUGCUUUUACUUGUUACUUUUAACCGCCGCAGACAAACUGUCAACAAAUGUAACUUUAAAAAAAAACAAACCAGAAAAUGUUUCUUUUGUAUCAAAAAUGUAUUUAAAAUCUGUAACAAUAAAAUUAAGCAACAUUUCAGGAUGUCGAUGAUGAUUCCACGGCUACAAUAAAAAAUAAUGUCAUCUAAAAUUCUUCGUUGAACAUCAUUGAAACAUCACAGAAAAU